AGAAACAAAAACAACUAAAUAAAUAAAUCAAGUCAACGACACCCGCCGUCUUGCGGCCUUUGAAAGUACGUGUGUUGUUCGCACGGUGGUGGUGGCUCCGUUUCUUCCUUCUCCUGGGUGAGACGUUUUUAUUUACUUAUUUGCGCAGUCGUGCUCUGCGUUUGUUGUUCUCUUGCUGUGGUCAACAAUUCUGUUAUUUUACCCCCUUUUUCUCAUAACACUGCCUCCGCUCUUCCCGUCUUCCGAGACACUUGCGAAGGAAAAGACCGUACUAAUUUUAACCCUUACUUACAGACCUUUUGCUUCCGUUUUGCUCCCACUCAAUUUGGUGACUCUGGAGCACAUCUUUUCUUCUCGUUAGUCACAACGAAGUCACCCAGCGAACGAGCCACAGAAACAGAUCACCACGCCUUCCACGCCUUCCCCGUCUUCCGUCCACACAUCCACGUUAUUCUGUGCGUUUUUUCUCCCCCUCUCCCUUGUGUGAUUCAUCGGCGCUGAUGUCGCCGCCGUCCUCGCCCAACGUGAGCGCCGGCAACGCCCGUGCCGAUGCACCGCCGACGAAGCCGCAGCCCAGCGCGCCGGCGCUGCUGACACGACCGCAGAACGACAGGAGUUUCCUCUACAACUUGUUCUUCGGCCCCGGCGGUGGGGCCACCUUUGCGGGCAUGUGUGAGAUCAUCAUUUUCCACCCAUUCGACACCGUGGCGAAGCGUCUCAUGUCGUACCACCACCGCGUUGUGGACCUCACAUCGCCUGCCGCUACGUGGCGGAACCUAGAUCAUGUCGUGUUUGGCAAGCUGAAGGAGCACUACACUGAUGCGACGACCGGGGCGGUGCGGCACAUCUCCUCAAUGGAGCGGCUGAAGCACAUGUACCCUGGCAGCUCCUACGCGGUGGCCUACAAGGUGCUGCAGCGUAUCAUGAAGUUUGCCGGGCAGCCCUACAUGCGCGAUUACUUACACGUCCAUCACAGCAACGUCUUCUUCAAGAAGGACACCCGGACGGGCGAGUACGUGCGCGGGGGUCGCGGUGCGAUGACGCUGGAGGCAACCGCCGGCUGCCUCGUCGGCGUGUGCGAGAUCGUUCUGCUUCCCUUUGAUCGCAUGAAGGUGCUGAACCAAACAAACAAGGCCGCCGUUCACAGUCGCAACAUGUUCUCGGUGAUUCUCACGGAGGGCGUUGGUAAGCUCUACGCCGGGGCACUGACGACGGCGGUGCGCAACGCCACCGGGUCUUUUCUCCUUUUCGGCGGCACAGCGUUUACGAAAGAGUACGUCUUUCAGCUGGAGAACUACCGCGAUGCGACCUUUGCGCAGAACAUCGCGGCCUCCACUGUCGGCGGCUGCGUCGGCGUUUUCUUCACCUCGCCGAUGGAUGUCAUCAAGACGCGCAUUCAGAGUCAGCGGCUGACGGACAAGAUGUCGGGGUGGCAGGUAUUUGUGUCGACGGUGCGCCGGGAAGGCUUUGCGGCGUUUUACAAGGGUAUCACGCCAAAGAUGAUCACCACCGCACCACGCCUUGUGUUUUCCUACACCAUGACGCAGUAUUUCACCAAGAAACUGCGCGGCGAGUAA